CAUCCAAUCUAUACUUGAACAAUGAACCUUGAGUGAACCAAAGCGGUGGUUAUCUCAUUUUUUUUUCCCUCUCUAAGUUUAUCCCUUCCAAGUUUUAGCUCACCUUCUCCCACUAUAAUCAGCAUAAAAAAAAGAAACUACGGUAGAGCAAAACCACACGAGAGAAAGUGUCGAGAGGUUCUACAUCGAUCACAGAUUCUUCUGAAGCAUUGCUGUAAUCAUGCACUCGUCAAUAUCGAGCGUCUUCGUGGCGAUUUUUGCUCUUGCUUAUUUUUCCGUCACUUCGGGAUGCCCACAAAAAGCAUGUGUAGGUGUCACAGUUUACUACGAAUCUCUCUGUGGUGAUAGCUUGAGAUUCAUAAAAGGAUCUUUGGUGCCUACUUAUGCGGAGCUGAAAGACUACUUGGAUGUUACCUUCGUUCCCUACGGCAAGGCCUCGCAUGAACGCGAUGAAGCUUCAGGUGGAUGGAACUUUUCAUGUCAACACGGACCACCGGAGUGUAAAGGAAACAAGGCCCAGGCCUGUGGAUUAUAUGCGAUUAAAUCCAUAGAAAAAACCGAAGACCAGCAAGAUCUCUCGGUUAGAUUCGUCGGUUGCGCAAUGUCUAGCGACUAUCCUUCUUCUAAUGCUCAACAGUGUGCAGCUUCAGUGGGAUUGAAAAAUUCAACCCAAGAAUUAUUGAAUAAAUGCGAGAGCGACGUUACAGGCGAUAAUUUGCUGGCCAAUUACGGCGAUAUGACACACAGUCUCGGAUCGGAAUUUGCCUUCGUACCAACUAUUGUCAUAAAUGAUAAGUUUACGGGAGAAAAUCAAUUGAUGGCACUAACCCAGUUCAAAAAACUAAUCUGUAAUAAUUUGCCAUCAUAUGUGAAGCCUCCAACAUGCGGGCAGUAACCACAAAAAUUAAUAUUACUUUAAUUAUUAUUUUUUUUAUUCAAGUUUAUAUAUCUAUAUAAAUCAAUAUAUACAUUUUUAUGUACAAAAAUAAAUGAUUUUUAAAAUUA